AUGAAGGCGCUACCUCCGGAGCUCUGGGACAUCAUCAUUCGGCUGUUAAACCACAACCACCAGCGAAAAUUCCUCCUACUGUCCCGCAAACUCCACGCCAUCGUCUUUCCCUUGCUAUUCCAUCAUGUCAACCUUCACUUCGGACCCUGGAGUCCUGACGUGAACCAGCGGAUGGACGAAGGAGAACGCUGGAAGUUGAACAUCCGUACGGAAGAAAUCCUCUGGGAGAUCUCAACCCGCCCAACGUUUGCCGCGGCGAUCCGGGCGGUCACAGUGCAGGCGUUCCUAGCCUCUGGUCACAAUGCCGACCGGGUGUUCGAGAUCCAAUUACUCCUUCGUGCACUGCGCGCGCUCUCCCCAUCGCUGUACUCUCUCCGCUGGUUCGAGUUCGCGAACCGCCCACUACCCGCAUCCUGGGUCUUGCCAACCGUGGCUGGACUGAUGGGUGCAAAUUUGCUCGAACUGCAUCUUCCUAUCACCUGCCUUACUCAUCCGGCCUUGGGAGCAUUCACAAACCUCCGUCGUUUUGAGCUCGACAUAGGCCCCGACGGUGAUCUUCAGGCGUCGAGCGACUCGCACAUGGAUCUCAUCGACGAGUCUGACCUCGAAAAAGUGCGACAAACCGUCUUCCGAAACCGGACCACCCUGGAUCAUCUAGUCGCCCCUGGGGCUCUCAUUUGGCGCCUCCCCUCUCGAACCUUCGAAGGGCUUCAUACUCUCGAGAUCACUUGCACUGCAACUGUCGAUGGCUUGGGCGUUACUUUGCUUCACUGCAAGGCUAUUCGUGACUUCUCCCUCAUGUAUUCCGGACCAGACGAUGGUCUCGAGACCAUCGUUGGUCAGCUCUCGGUGCACAAACUGCCCCUCCUCACCGCGUUCAAGAUAGUCUUCAAGGAGCCCUUCGAGGAAGGCACCUUCAUUCAUUUCCACAUCCUCUGCGCUCUCGCCGGAUUCCUCCGAGGCCGCACAGAGUUGCGCCGUCUCCACGUUCAGCCUGCGUAUCUCCCCCCGGAGGCCGGCGAAGACGCGUCGAGCCCACUGGCGGACGUCAUCCCCACGCUGCCGAAUCUAACGACGCUCGGGCUCGAGUUCAAGUACCCGCUAUGCCUUGACAGGCUCGAUCUGCUUGAGAAACUCAUCCCCCGGGGAAUAACCGCCCUCCGGCUCGACUGCAGCCUCAACCCCGGCGCCAACGCACUGUACGAGCAAGCGUUCCUCAGCAUCCUCAGAGGGCUCCCGUCCGUCCGGUACCUCCACAUUUUCAACGAGAUCGACGGCGAGUCGCCGCUGAAGGACCAGCUGCGCGAGGACCCGCCGCCCGCGCUCGAUCUCCUCGGGUUCGGCCCGUUCGUGCGCUGGCUCGUCCCGUCCCCCGACCUCACGGUGGAGUCGCUGCCCGAGUGGUCGCCGCGGUGGCCACUGUGGAAGUUGCGGUUCCGCGCGGAGCGGGAUUUUGGGAACGCGGACUGGGCGUGGCUCAUGCGGCAUAGACUGCCGUGCGACGGCAACGAGAGUGAGCGGGAUUUACUUAGUUCACCGAGGCGGUGCCGUAGAACUGACGCUGGUUUAACUAGUCCCUUGGUCCGCGCCCGGGCCAACUACGUGGUUCUGAGGACGACGCGCGCUUGGUGUGUGGUACACUGUUCGCAGCCGAGGGCCGGCUCGUCGAGUCGUUGGUACGAUAUUGAUGUGUUGUAA